AAUUGAAAUGUUGUUAAAGAAAAUUUUUGGCGUAAAACUAAAGUUUAAUCAAAUAUAUAUGUACCUAUUAAAUUCUUGUGUAAAGUAUCAUUCUGAAAUCUUAAGCCUUGUUAAUUUUUAGUUACAUAAACAUUUUAUUUUCCUGUUGUUGACCGCGAGAUUCUGUAAAGGCUGUAGAAAAUGCAUCCGCUCCGUGAGUAUAAAUGUGAUGAGCUGUUGAACAACCCACUCCUGCGGACUCCUCCACCGGAACCUGAGAAGCCACGGCCUCCACGAAUCAGGAAGCCGAGGGAAUUUAAGCUGCCUCCAAGAUUUCCUUUACUGGACAAGGAGUUUUACGCAUCGUGGUGCAACCAUCAGAAAGAACUACAAAUGACUCUUCAUAGAGUAGACGACAGUCCACCCGAACUAUUUCCCGAGCUGUAUCUGAAGCCUCGCCGACUCAACUAUUAUGCGAAGCAGCUAGAAGAAAAUAUGAACGUAAACAAGGAUUUACUGAAAAGAAUUAAUAUUAUUCAGCGGACUGGUGGUUUUGUAGAUUGCUGGAUGCGACCGGAGCCAACUGAUACUUAUAAUAAGCUGUUAUGCAAACAAAGACAACGAGCACUUAAUGAAAUACGAAAACAAAAUCUUUACUUUUAUUCCAGACUGUUGAUAGCGAGAUCAGAGCAGCCUUUGACAAAGGAAUUAGAGAGAAUGUGGAAGGACACAAAACACAAACUCAUCUUGGGUGCAUCAUUGCCCUUCAUAUUAUUUAAAACUGAAAAACUCGAUCGGGACAUACGAGAUCCAGCUUUUGAUAAGCCUUUACAUGUAUAUCGACCAAAAGUAUCUAUGGAGAUCUGGGUUCAAGGAGGCUCCAAGAUAGGCCGCGUGACUAUAGAAUUGUUCAGUGACAUAGUGCCAAGGACGUGUCAUCUGUUUUUAAGCUUAGCCAAAGGUGAUGCCAAAGGUCACGCCUACCAGGGGACCAGGCUGUUCAGAAUUGUACCAGAUUUAUACUGUCGGGGUGGUGACGUCCUCAAGGACAACGGGUUUGGUUGCUAUGUGCCGGAGAGCUUCGACGAACCAUUGGAACCUGAAUCUCUCCAAUUAAAACACACAGUUCCGGGGGUGCUCUCAAUGGCAGUGUCGUCUGACAACGAAGUCUAUGGACAAUUCAACAUCAUCUUCAAACCCUUGCCGCAGUUUGACGGAAAACAUGUUGUAUUUGGAAGGAUCGUGGCUGGCCCAUUUCAAGCGUUGGAACGAAUUAGUGCGUUGGGGCUGCCUCUAGGUACUACCACUUCAGACUGUAUAAUUAGAUACUGUGGAUGGUUUACGCGCAACGGCCAAUACAAGGAAGGCCAACCUAAUACCAUCAAGUUUCCUCCACGACGCAAAGGUGGCAGCUGAGAGGGAACAGUUCGGGUUAGACAAAGUGCUAUAUGGAAGAUGUAACACUGAAUGCCAACAUAACAAGUAAUAGACGCAUUGUAGUAUUUUUUACAACCUAACAUAUUUUAUUACAAGAUGUAAAACAGGCAAAUUCGGUCAUGGUUAACACUGUCAUCAUCGCAUUAUUUUAGUACAACAAACAUUAUUAAAUUUUACUUGUAUUCCGAAAGAAUUUGUUUCUACGGCUUACGAUGGAAAUAAAAAUUUGUUUUUUA